AUGGCGAAUCUCAACGUUGACCUCACAGCCCCGAAUGGGAAGAAGUUCACCCUGCCCACUGGUCUCUUUAUCAACAAUGAGUUUGUCAAGGCGAGCGGAGGGGGUGAGAAGAUCACGAGCAUCAAUCCUACUAACGAGCAGGAUAUCUGUUCUGUAGAAGCCGCUUCGGCAGACGAUGUAGAUAAGGCGGUUGCGGCAGCGCGAGCCGCGCUGAAUCAUGAAUCAUGGCGCGACAUCAGCGGCACUGAGCGCGGGGCGCUCAUGUUCAAGUUAGCGGAUCUUGCCGAGCAGGAGAAAGAGGUCCUGGCCACGAUUGAGACCUGGGAUAACGGUAAGCCAUACGGCGACGCGCUCGGCGACCUCGACGAGGUCAUAUCCUGCCUCCGUUACUAUGGCGGCUGGGCCGACAAGAUACACGGCCAGACUAUCCCUACAACGCCGCAGAAGUUCGCUUACACGCUAAAGCAACCCAUUGGUGUCUGUGGACAGAUCAUCCCGUGGAAUUAUCCUCUAGCUAUGGCAGCGUGGAAGCUAGGUCCUGCGCUUGCCUGCGGUAACACGAUUGUCCUCAAGCCCGCGGAGCAGACGCCCCUCUCCAUUCUUUACUUCGCGACCCUGAUCGCUAAGGCCGGCUUCCCUGCCGGCGUAGUCAACAUCAUCAAUGGGUACGGCAGAGUGGCUGGACAAGCGCUCGCCAGCCACCUCGACGUCGAUAAGGUGGCAUUCACUGGAUCGACGGCGACAGGCAAGCACAUUAUGAAGACGGCGAGUAUCAACAUGAAGAACAUUACCCUCGAGACGGGCGGCAAGUCGCCGCUCCUCGUGUUCGCGGACGCGGACCUCGAGCAGGCCGCGAAAUGGGCGCACGUCGGUAUAAUGAGCAACCAGGGCCAGAUCUGCACGGCGACGAGCCGCGUGCUAGUGCACGAGAAUGUGUACGACAAGUUCGUAGCGCUCUUCCGCGAGGAGAUCAAGAACACGAGCAAAGUCGGCGACCCGUUCGCCGAGGGUACGUUCCAAGGCCCACAGGUAACGAAGGUGCAGUAUGAAAGGGUCCUUGAUUUUGUGCAAUCGGGGCAAUCCGAAGGCGCGACACUAGCAAUGGGCGGCAAGCCAUGCCCGCUCAACGGCAAGGGGUACUUCAUCGAGCCCACCGUCUUCACCGACGUUAAAGACACCAUGUCCAUCUAUCGUGAGGAGGUGUUCGGCCCUUUCGUGGUAGUCGCAUCCUUCAAGACGGAGGACGAAGCUGUUCGCAUGGCCAACAGCACGACGUACGGGCUAGGUGCUUCCCUCUUCAGCCAGAAUAUCGAGCUCGCGCACCGCGUGGCUGCACGCAUCGAGUCGGGCAUGGUGUGGAUAAACUCAUCCAACGACUCCGACUUUAGAGUGCCCUUUGGCGGCGUCAAGCAAAGUGGCAUCGGCCGCGAGCUGGGCGAGGCGGGCCUCGCGGCUUAUUCGCAGACGAAAGCCGUCCAUGUGAACAUGGGAACAAAACUAUAG